CAGUCAGAAGUGUUUUCCGCCGGAAUAUCUCGCCAAACAAGUUCCGCUAGUUUUUUUCCUGCUGCAAAGUUGCAAGUUUAUCAUUCCAUCACGAUCAUCGCCUACUGCCUGGCUGGAGUAAGAGCUGGGGAAGAAAGAUGCGGCGUGGAGAAGGAGGAGAAGAGUGGCGCUCCGCCCCCGUCUUAUUUUGAAGAUCACUUCCUCCGAUUCGAUGCGGUGUGUGUGGAAGUAAAUAAGCAGAAGCAAGAAUAAGCAGAACAGCAGGCGCUGAACCGAGCCGACGAUGCUCUGGAAGUUUGAAGCAGAAAUCGGAGCAUGAUGGCCUGCUGCAAUUUAUUAUUAUUUUGCGUGGAAGAAGACGCACACAAACACAGACGCAGCGCCGCCAAUCGUAUCGAAAGAUAUGUGUAAAUAAGGCAACGAAAAAAAGAGAUAUUUUGGAAACGAAGCCCUCCUUUCGCGGGAUGAUUGAAUUCAAUUGCAGCUAAUAAAUCGAGGUCGGUGUGUGAAGAAACCGUUGGCGAAUUUCGGCCGGAUGCAAUGAAAGAGACCGAUUGUUUACACUAUUGAAGAAAAAGGAACUGCGCCGCAAGAAAUGCUGCAUGCUAAUUACGCUACUGAAUCAUUUAGUAACCAGUGCAAAAUGUCCAGCCGACACGAGGUCGAGAUGGAGAAGCAGUUCUUGGCCGAUCUAGAGAAGGCCAAAGCGCUCAGCUUGGAGACGCACGAGCUGGAGAAGAUCCGAAAGCAGCGUUACUCCCAGCCGGACCCCUCCAUCUAUUCCGAGACGAACAAUCUGGAGGAGUACAAACAGUACCUCCAACGUAAAGCACAAUUACAUCAGGCCAAAACGGGUGCGACCGCAAUUUCCGUUGCUCCACCCAGCUCUGCCCGCCGCAACAGUGAUACUCGCAAUCCGUUGACAAACGCCGCCCCCACCAGCAGCAGUGAUCAGCAACGGGGCAGAGAUGAAGCAGAUUUGAUGUCCUUCAACCCUCCGCCACCGGUGCCGAACCCGCAGGACGAAGCCCACAAUAGUCUAAAGGAAUUGGUCGACAAGAUGCAUCGCAUGAACACCCAGCAACAGUACGAACAUCCGGUGUACAAGACACAACGUAGUUACAGCGUAGCGUCGGCACCGACCUACGGCGGAUACACGCCGGCAUAUCUUCAGCAACAGAUCGUCCCAAACUACAGUCCGGCGUCCAUGCAACUUGUCCCGUAUCAACAGACAACGUCGGAUAAACCAUCCAAACUAACGCCGGACGAGUUGGCCCGUCUCUACAGCAUGCCGACGGCCUACGGGGUUGCUCCACAGCCAGGUUUCAUCCCUCAGGGCCAAUACCAACCCAACGCAUAUCUCCCCCAUCCUCAGUUCCCGGUCCAAUACGCACCAGCUCCAACAACCGCUUACAUUCCUCAAAGCCAACCGGUAGCCGCAACCGUUGCUCCACCGGCACCUGGCUUCAUCGUUCAACCUUCCCCUCCCCCUUCGGUGGCCACAAUUGCCAACCCAGAGUCCGCACUGGUGCAUGUCCCUAAACCUGUUGCCCCCCUCUCGAAACUGACCCUGGCCAAUCGUUCCACCUCCCAACCGGUGCAACCGUUCCCACCCGCCAUCCCUGGCCCAUCAUCCUCUUCAACGUCCAAUCCUUUCGCAAGAAACUCGCUCGGAGCGACCGGAGCUUCAUCGGCGGCCACCACCGCCGCCAAAAGUAACGGCGAGCAGGUCGUGCUUCGUCCCAAAAGUGAUCCCCCGGCGGCGACGGCCCGGCUCGGCGAUAACCUGAUCGAUCUGGGCCCGUUCGAGGAAAAUUCACGUGUGUCGGUGCUGGAGGCGUUCGAUCCGUUGCUGUGCGGUCACCGCAGCAGCCUCAGCAGCGGGGCCAGCGAGGACGAUAAAGAUGAUACGGCUUCGACGUACUACGAGGACUACGAUCCGUUCGAUUACAUCUAUAGCGGUGGCACGCAAUACUCGGAUCCGGUGUACGAAGCGGUCAGCCGCUCGGACCGGACGCCCCUCUCGCCAAACAGUAGCGGCUCGGGUCCGCCACCGGCUCCCGGCUGGAGCGUCUCGAGUGCGUAUGGCUUCGGCGAGCCGGACCUGGAGAUGGAUCCACCGCCGUUGCCUCCGCGAAAUUCGGACCUUUACCAUCCGAUGAUGGGGGCGGUCACUGCACCCGUGGUCGGGAAGGAACCUUCGAGCUCAGCUGGAAACUACGAGGUGAUGCAGCGGAAGACGGUCGAGCGGCGUCCGGCACCGACGAAGCUGUACGAGAAUGUAGUCAUCAAGAAGAGCUACGACAGGGAGCUGAUUGCGUUCUACGAGAUGGUGAAGCACUUGAGGGAACAAUACCGCUCCGACGAUUCGGGAAGCAACGUGGGCCACGUGGUCGCGUCCGAGUUUGACAAUCACUACCCCGAGGGAACCAGUAUUAAGCUGCUUGUGCAUCCGGCGCUCGAUUGCUUCACGUCGUACGACAGCCAGAACAAGGGUCAGAUCGAUGGCUACGGACCGCCGAUUCCGUUCACCUGUGAUAUAACGACCACGGUGGAGCACGUAAUCGCAUACGUCUUCUGCGCCCUCGAAGGCCAGGUUCUGAACGGCGUCGGCGAUUACAUCCUGAAAGCUAUCGGCAUCCAGGAGAUUCUGAGUCCACGAUCGCGUCUCAACCAGUUGCAGUGCGUGCACAACAGUAUCAAGCUGGAGCACGACGUCCAGUUGGGUUUCAUUGCGAAGACGCCUCGGAUCAUGCAGAGCAUUGCGAGGACGGCACAGGAUGACAAGCGGGACUCGGAACUCCGGUUGGAGCAUAUUUUGCCACGGGAGGCUACCUCGGCUAUUAGCUACGACGACUUGAUGAUCUUGCUGGAGUGUCUCGAGGCGGAGAUUGAGAAGCUGCAGUCGACGGCGGACGAUCACAGUCCGCACACGAUCUUGAGUUGUUCCGGGGUGAUUCAAGCGGUGAAGGCCAUCUGCAACAUGCUCGGGCCGAUCGAUACGCUGGACAUCACCAAGUCGAUCGACGAUCUUAAGACGUGCUGUGACAGCUGCCAGACGAUCUACAGCUAUGGGGAUUCGUCGGAUUACAACAACGGGAGUUUGAGCAUCGUUUCGGAAAGUGGAGAUUAUGCGGAGGUCACGCUUCGUCCACGUACCGUGAGUCAACAGAUCCGGUACCGCUGUAACGAGGUUCGGAACGCGAUCCAGGGACUGCUGGAGAUUUACUCGCAUGCGUUCCGCGUGAACUUUUGCGUUAACGUGCCCGAGUGGGACACGAAUCCGGUGUCGAUCUGCAACAUAUCGCAGAGUGUGAUGGUCAAUGUGAUGUGUUUGCACAGACCUCCGAUGCACUGGAAGCACGACGAGUACAACUUGGGCGUGCAGAUUUAUCACGGAGCGAGGUUCAUCAGUGAGGCGGUGGUCACGCAAUGCUCGAAUGAAAUUACUGGGAUUUAUCCGCGGUUGAAGUUCAACUCGUGGAUCAUGUUCCGGAAUCCUGUUUGUACUCUUCCGAGGGAGGCGAGGCUGAUCUUCGUGCUUUACGGGGUUACGCGGGAGCCCGUUGAAGGGGACAAGCAGCAGGAGGGAAGCGCAACGAGUUCGGAUGGUCCGACGCAGGAAGGUCGCGUUACGAAGGUGGAGUUGGGCUGGGCGUCGAUACAGUUCUUCGACUUUGAGCGGAAGAUGAUUCAGGGAUCGUACUUGCUGUCGUUGUGGCCACCGACGGCGGAGAAAUACUUUGGACCUGCGCCGGCCAAAGGAACACAUCCUUUGGGAUCGUCGUACCCGAUUCUUGGUAUAGAAAUCCCAAGUUACGGCGGAGCGGUAGUGUUUCCGGAACCGAUUAAAAAUCUACCCCCGUGGAGUAAGCUGGACUUUAACAGCUUGGAUCGCAACUUGCAGCAGGAGUUGAUCGACACUGCGGAGCAGGGCUACUCCGCGGACAAGCUGGAAAAGCGUGAAGUCUUGUGGGAGAAGCGUCACUACCUGCACAGCUUGCCUCAUGCCUUGCCGAAGAUUCUGCACGCGGCCCACAGCUGGGACUACGCGUGCCUUGCCGAUCUUCAUGCCUUACUCAAAUCGUGGUCCGCGAUGACGCCGGUACAGGCGCUGGAACUGCUACUGCCACGAUACCCCGACCUGGAAGUUCGUCGACAGGCCGUCGAGUGGAUCUCGCACAUGCCGAACGACGAAUUCGUCGACUACCUGCCCCAACUGCUGCAAGCGCUGAAACAUGACACGUACGAAGCUUCUCCCCUGUCUCGACUGUUGCUCCAAAAGUCCCUGGAAUCCCCGCGAAUAGCUCAUCACAUGUACUGGCUGCUGUUGCACAGUUUGCCCGGCGAAGCGCCCCAGAACAUGGUCGAAAUGAACCAAAUUGACGAAGCUCUGGUGAACCAGGCUCGGUAUCACCGGCGAAAUCAGCUAAUGCUGCGCGCCUUGAUGGCCACUUGCGGCGAGAAGCUGACCGCGAGGUUCCUCUCGCAGAACAUGAUGUGCAAGAAGCUUGGGGAAGUGGCGCAAAGCGUUAAAAUCGCCAAAGAAUCGCACCGGCUGCAGAUGCUGAAGCAGGGACUGGAGUCGGUCAACCAAAUGCUGAUCGAUGCUCCGACAGUGCUUCCGCUGGGACCGGGAAACGAAGUGACAGGGAUCGUUGUACGGAGUUGCAACUACUUCAACUCGAAUACGCUGCCGCUGAAGGUCAACUUUAUGGGCCCGGACAAGGUGAUCGUGCCGGCGAUCUUCAAAAGUGGCGACGAUCUUCAGCAGGAUAUGCUGACCAUUCAGAUGGUUCGGAUCAUGGACAAGCUGUGGUUGCGCGAGGGACUCGACCUGAAAAUGGUCACGUUCAACUGCGUGCCAACAGCCUACAAGAAGGGCAUGAUCGAGAUGGUUUCGGACUCGGAAACGCUGCGCAAGAUCCAGGUCGAGUGGGGCCUGACGGGGUCGUUCAAGGACAAAUCGAUCGCCGAGUGGCUGGCCAAGCAGAACCCUAGUCAAUUAGAAUACCAGCGGGCUGUGGAGAACUUUACGCGGUCCUGCGCCGGCUACUCGGUGGCGACCUACAUUCUCGGUAUUUGUGAUAGGCAUAAUGACAACAUUAUGCUCAAAACCUCGGGACAUCUGUUCCACAUAGAUUUCGGUAAAUUCCUCGGCGACGCACAAAUGUUUGGCAACUUCAAGAGAGAUCGCACCCCGUUCGUCCUGACCUCGGACAUGGCGUACGUCAUCAACGGCGGCGAUCGCCCAUCAGCCAAGUUCCACAAAUUUGUCGAUCUUUGCUGCACGGCGUUCAACAUUGUGCGCAAGCACGGCGAUCUCAUCCUGCACAUGUUCGCGCUCAUGACGACGUCCGGCAUUCCCGGCGUUACGGUCGAGGCGGUCAACUACGUGCGGAACGCACUGCUGCCGGGCCAGUCGAAUCCGGAGGCGGCGGCGUCGUUCGCCAAGAUGAUCCACAUCUCGCUCAAGUCGUGGUUCACGCAGUUUAACUUUUUCCUGCACAACAUUGCGCAGAUGAAGUUUUCCGCGGAGAGCGACGACGGCGAGCUGUUGAGCUUCGUGCCGAGGGUUUACACCAUGGCCCAGGACGGUCGACUCAAGUCCGUAACCGUGCACGGUUUCCAGAAGCGGUACGACCUGGAAAAGUAUUACACCUACAUCCUGAAGGUGACGCGACAAAACCAACCGGAUCCGGCCUACCUCUUCCGGUCGUACAAGGAGUUCUGCGAGUUCCACCAGAAGCUGUGCAUUCACUUCCCGCUGGCCAAGCUGCACAGCCUGCCGUCCGGCAUCCACGUGGGCCGCUCGAACGUCAAGACGGUGGCCGAGCGGCGCCUGCCGGAGAUCCGCCAGUUCCUGAUCUCGCUGUUCAACGCGGCGGACGAAAUUGCACAUUCCGACCUAGUUUACACCUUCUUCCAUCCGCUGCUGCGCGACCAGCAGGAGGCGGACAUCCACGCCGCCAAGGUUAAGGGCAAUCGCGCCAUCAUGGACGAGUACCAGCAGCCCCGGGGUGAGAUUAAGUUCUCGCUGCAGUACCACCGGGACGCGCUCAUCGUGAUGAUCCAGCACGCCCGGGCGCUGCCCACGACGGCCAACAACCCGGAGCCGAACACGUACGUCAAGGUGUACCUUCGGCCGGACCAGGCCAAGGCCACCAAGCGCAAAACCAAGGUCGUGCGAAAGAACUGCAAUCCCAGCUUUAUGGAAACGCUCGAGUACCGACUGCCGCUGGACUUUAUCCAGAAAAAGACGCUGGAGGUGACGGUGUGGUCGCACGACUCACUGCAGGAGAAUGCAUUCCUCGGGGGCUACCGGUUGGCGCUGGCCGAGCUCGAUCUGCGGCACGAAAUCAACGAGUGGUUCCCGCUGAGCUACCUGACGAGGGCUUAAGUCGACAAGAAAAAAAAAGAGAAAGAAAGUUUUUUUUUUAUUUUGCUGUUUAUUAUAAUUUAUAUCUAUACAAUACACGUGUGUGUUUUGUGUUCGUGUUUAUAAUCAAGCUUCUUAACAUUCAACGUAACAGUAACGGUAUUGUAACGAUCGUGACGGUCGACGACGAUCGUGUAGAACCGGAUGGACGGGUAGCGUCCACCGACCGGGGGGAGGAAAGUGAAAGAAAACAAAGAAUUUAUUUAUAGCUUUUUCUAUAUUCAAGAGAAUUAAAAAUCCCACUCACAGGUAUGAGCGAAAUCAGUA